AUAUUACUUCUCCAUUUAGCAUUUUCCCAUGAUAACAUUGGAGUGCACAGAGAGAGGGUUCUUUGAGUCCGGUGAAGCAUUUCUGAGUUUUUUUGUUUUUUCAGAAUUAUGAAUCUGAACUUUUUCAGGACAGAUGUUUAUUUGAAAUAUCCUGCUGUGCCCUUUAGAAAGAUUCCCAGUGCCUUGGGAAGAGAAAAUGGCCCACAUCCUUCUUUAGGUGUGACAAGUGUGUUAUCAAUAGUUUUCUUCAAAACAAUUUUUUAAUGCACUCCCUCCACCCUUCCUUAAUAAAUACAUUCAAAUUGCUGUCUGGAUUUUAAAAGGACAGAAUAUUUAAAAGUUUAAUCCCCUCCAUCCACUGCCAACGUCUCUCUACAUCUUAUUCUUAUCCUCCCAUUAAAUGCUGAACUUAUUUGAUUGAUGACCUUAUUUGUAACAUUUAGUUAUUUAUUUUUUUGUUUGUUUGUGUGUGUAUAUUUACGAUCGAUCGGCCGCUAGCCCCUCUCAGAAGGAAGCUACCGUUCCCUUUCGGCUCGGCUGACCUGGUUUCAGUGCAGAGUGGGGCACUGUUGUGUUUAUCAUGUCACCGCUUGUUCUGAUCUCAGAUCAUUGAUAUGCAGCAGACACGCUGCCACUGCUCAUUCCUCAGGCCUGCUGAUCGUCUUGUCAUUCAGAUCCAAGCUUAGACCAGACCCAAAUUGAACAUUCGUUGGAUUCGCUGCCUCUGUUGUUGCUGGAUGCUUUCUGGUCCAAGCGGAGCUCUUCCUCUCUUCCUCCUCUCCCCCCUCCUGUUUGGCUCGAUAGGAAGAGGGGAACCAGUUGGCACUUAAAUUUCCAUACUGUACUGAUUGUGGCAAAAUGGCAGCUUCUGCUUCCUCCGUCCUCCUUGCUGUGGUUCCCUCACCCUCUCCUGAGAGAAGUAACCCAGAUUUCAAAAUGAAUCGCCGCCUAUUCCCCUCAAUCUUUCUCCUCUCUUUCUUUCUCUCUCUCGCUCUCUCUUUCUGUACUUUUUCCACCCUCUCUUUCUCUCUUAUUCUCUCUCCAUCUCUCAUCCUCUUCCGCGUAAAAACCGAAUCAAUCUUGGAAAGAGAAUACCACCUCUCCAUCUCGUACUCCCACUCACCCUGCCUCUACGUUAAAGGAUAUAUAUACCACUUCAAUCCUGUGUUUGCUUCUUUAAAAACUUGAACCACUCCAGUUGCCUGUUGCAUUCAUUUCAAGUUAUGUUGUUCUUUUUCGUUUCUUGAGCUGCUUUUCCUCUCCUAGCCAUUGCUUUUUCUGGCUUCUCUACCUCUUCUCUUGGGAGUUUGUUUGUUAUUUUUUUUCUUGUUUGAGUUGACCAGCUACAGGUGCACCCCAGAUUUUCAAUUGAAGGCAUUCAGACGAAGAGUCGAGGACGACUGUUUUUGGCAAGGAUUUUCUUACAAACUAAGGUAUUUUCAGUACAGCUUGGUGCACAUCUUUAGUAUUCUCCAUCAUGUGUUUGUAUGACGAGACCAUUUUUAAUUCCACUCAUCUUUUUUAACUGCUUCUUUGCUGAGACAUCAUCAUUUUCUCAUUUAUUUUCUUUUUAACCUCGUCUUAUUUAUUUAUUCAUUGAAUCUCAUUUAUCAUUCAGCAACUCACUUCUUCCAUCCAAUAUUUGCCAUUUUGCACUUUUUCUCCGCACGUCCCAUUCCCUGCAGACGCGCUCAUGUUAUUCUGGUCCAAACUUUUCUGCAGAAAUAGGACUAAUUGCUAAUAAGGGCAGGCAGGAAGACGAUGAGAGGAGGCAGGCUCCAAUACUGGAGCAGCUGGUGGGGUGUUGUUGACAUGGCAACAGGAGGUAGUUGACAUAACGACUGAGGUAUGGGUGGGGGGUGCGGGUAUUCAUAGCAAAUGAGGGGUGCAGCAGGAUGGACGGCCAGUAUGUGGGACACACAGCAAGUCGAGCUAAUUGUUUAGCUUUUCUGAGUUUCUCAGGAGACUUUUGUCUGUAUUUGAAUUAACCUUCCUGUCUUCUUCAUCGUGCCUCCCUCCUUUCUCUUUUCUUUCGCUUUCUACUUGUCGCUCUCUCUGCACUCCUUCCAUCACCUUCUUCUCGAUCUUUCCCUACCCUACAUUCCUCCUGCCAUUAAUAUCACUCCUGUCUCUGCAUGACCUAUUAUGUCCUUUGUCCUCCGUGUCCUUGGCCUCUCCUUCUCCCGCCACCCACCUUCCCCAGCGCACAGCUCUCAGCCUCCUCUUCUCGCAUCCCAGCAGACAUCAUGUCCACCCCGGUGUCCCCGUCCCCCUCCCUCUCCCCGCUGACGCUGACCUCCCCCACAUCGCCCUCCUCCCUGCUGCCCUCGCCCCUCUCCCCUCCGCCCAGGGUGCCCGUGUUUCAGAGGAAGGGAGCGCUCAAACACAAGAGGAUUGUCGAGGUGAAAGACCAUCAGUUCACAGCACGCUUCUUCAAGCAGCCCACCUUCUGCAGCCACUGCACUGACUUUAUAUGGGGCAUCGGCAAGCAGGGGUUCCAGUGUCAAGUUUGCAGUUUUGUGGUCCAUAAAAGAUGCCACGAGUUUGUCACCUUCACAUGUCCCGGAUCUGUGACUGCCCCCAGGCCCGAUGACUUGAAGAGUCAACACACAUUUAAGAUCCACACGUACUCCAGCCCCACGUUCUGCGAUCACUGCGGAUCGCUGCUGUACGGACUCAUACACCAGGGCAUGAAAUGUACCAGUUGCGACAUGAAUGUCCAUCGGAGAUGCGAGACCAGCGUUCCCAGUCUGUGUGGUCAGGAUCACACGGAGAAAAGAGGGAGAAUCCACCUGACCAUCAGAGGAGACAAAGAGGACAUCUACGUCACAGUUCGGGAGGCUCGCAAUCUGAUGCCCAUGGAUCCGAAUGGUUUGUCAGACCCGUAUGUGAAACUAAAACUGAUUCCGGACCCAAAAAGCCACAGCAAACAGAAGACGAAGACCAUCCGCUCAACACUCAAUCCCGUCUGGAAUGAGAGUUUCACCUUCUCAGUGCGAGGCAACCAGUGGGACAGGCGUCUGUCUGUGGAGGUGUGGGACUGGGACCGGACGUCCAGGAAUGAUUUCAUGGGAGCGCUCUCUUUCGGCGUCAGCGAGAUCUUCAGACGUCCUAUAUGCGGUUGGUUCAAGCUGCUUGCACAGGACGAGGGGGAAUACUACAACAUCCCAGUACCAGAUCCAGACCUGCAGGAACCUCAGCCUGACGCUACAACGCCCUCUCUGCCUCAGGUGUUGGCCGCCCCGGUGCCGGAGCCUUUUCCCGUGGUCUUGUCUCCGACCCCCAUCCCGUCCUGCCCACCCAUCCACUCUUCGGGUCCUGGCAAAGUCAGAGUGGGAAUCCAUGACUUCAAUUUCCUCAUGGUGCUGGGCAAAGGCAGCUUUGGCAAGGUGCUGCUGGCAGAAGAGCGAGGCAGCGAUCAUCUGUUUGCGGUGAAAGUCCUUAAAAAGGACGUUCUCUUCCAGGACGAGGACACGGAGAGCGCUCUGGUGGAGAGGAGGGUUCUGGCGCUCCCCUUGCGCCCCCACUUCCUUACAUCGCUCUACUGCGCCUUCCAGACCGAGGAUCGUCUGUAUUAUGUUAUGGAAUAUGUCGACGGUGGAGAUCUGAUGUUUCACAUUCAGCAAGUCGGGAAGUUCAAAGAGCCCCAUGCAGCGUUUUAUGCAGCAGAGAUCGCAGUCGGCCUCUUCUUCCUCCACAGCAAAGGCAUCAUCUACAGAGAUCUAAAGCUGGAUAAUGUGCUGCUUGACAGCGAGGGCCACAUAAAGAUCGCCGACUUCGGGAUGUGCAGGGAGGGCAUGUUCGGAGGCGACACCACUCGCACUUUCUGUGGCACUCCCGACUACAUCGCCCCCGAGAUUGUGGCAUAUCAGCCGUACAAUAAAGCAGUAGACUGGUGGUCUUAUGGAGUACUAAUGUAUGAAAUGCUUGCAGGACAGCCACCGUUUGAUGGCAUCGACGAAGAGGAGCUGUUUCAGUCCAUAAUGGAGCAGAGUGUCUCCUACCCCAAAAAUCUCUCUCGGGAAGCUGUGGCUAUCUGCAAAGGGCUCCUGACGAAGCACCCUGCCAAGCGUCUGGGUGGAGGAGAGGAAGCCGAGAGGGAGAUCAAGGAGCAUCCAUUCUUCCGUUGGAUAGACUGGGACCGUCUGGAGCGACUGGAGAUACCGCCACCGUUCAAACCCAGAACUGGUGGGAGAAAAGGCGAGAACUUCGACAAGUUCUUCACAGCGGCCCCGUCCGUUCUCACCCCAUCGGAUCCAGAUGUGCUUGCAGCCAUAAACCAGGAGGAUUUCCAGGGAUUCUCCUUCUUCAACCCAGACUUUGCUCCGUUGCCUCUCACAGCUAUUUGAAAACUGUCCCCUCCGAUUCCCCCCGUUAUUUAUCAGACAGUAGUGUUAUAGCUGAGAGCCAGAGUAUGAAAAUUAGCAGCAAAUAUUUCACCUCUUGUGACAAACUUCUGACGUUUACAUUAAAAUGCCAAGACGAGUCGGUAUUUCCUCACUGACAUGUGUGUCCUCUUACUGUUUGUGUAUCGACCAAGCCAGUGCUACGGCUUGCCACUCUAGACUUCUUUUCUUUUAUAAGAUCUGCCCAACCUGCUGUAAGACUAUUGUAGUGUCAGACAGACAAAUGAAUCUCUUUGCAUGUGGAUAGUUUCUAUAGAGCUAGAAGGAAGAUAAAAGUCCUCAGUUUUCUGAACAGGCAAUUUACCAGUAACAUCUUUAUUCAAACUGCUAUUCAGAAAAUAAUAUGCAAAGAAAUCCUCUUUUCAUAAAUUACAUUUCCUUGAAGGUCUAUUUAGCUCAAAUACAUUCCCAUCAUAGAUACGGAAUCCACAGCACCUAAAUGUGCAUUUUGAAAUCUAGAUCUAAACUGAUAGACUCAUAGACUAUGAAGCUAUCUAAAUGGUUAGACAUGUUUCUCUUUCCCAAUUUGAUUACAUAAUCAUAAAAAGGACUCACUGAGGCUCUUUUAGCCGGCCUCUACCUCUCAGUUUAAUUUCGUGACCUCAGCCAUAAAUGACGCAGUAUGACGGUGACUGUAGGCAACACUGCUGCCCUCAAACUGCUGGACUUUCAGUUGCAUUACUUUCAAUUAAACACCAUGUUUACAUUCAAGCUGGUCCUUGCAAAA